GAUUACGUAAAUUCCCUCGAGUUUAACAGGACCAGUACGGUAGUGUGUCGCAGGAGUUGGUUUUGUUUGCAUCCUGGCCAGUCGUUUGCCGAUAUUUAUUUGAUUAAUCAAAUGUUUUUUCCCUGCGGUCUCUAUUGCUGCGAGGUCUGUGAACUUCGCUCCACGUCGUUUGCUUUCUCCUGGUAACAGCUCCGCGAGUUCGUGAUGUUUUUGUUCUCAUCAUGGAGACGAGACGAGGGGAGAUUCCCAACAGCGUUUUGGACGACCUCUGCAGCCGAUUCAUCCUCCACAUUCCCAGUGAAGAAAGGGACAAUGCCAUUAGGGUUUGCUUCCAGAUUGAACUUGCCCACUGGUUCUACUUGGACUUCUGCUUGCAGAACACACCAGGAUUACCUCAGUGUGGGAUAAGAGACUUUGCCAAAGCUGUUUUUAACCAUUGUCCCUUUCUGUUGCCGCAUGGAGAGGAUGUUCAGAAAGUGUUGGAGCAAUGGAAGGAGUACAAAAUGGGUGUUCCCACAUAUGGUGCAAUUAUUCUUGAUGAAACGCUUGACUAUGCGCUGCUGGUUCAAGGCUAUCUUGCCAAGUCUGGAUGGGGUUUUCCAAAGGGAAAAGUGAACGAAGACGAAGCCCCACACGACUGUGCCGUACGAGAGGUCCUGGAAGAGACGGGCUUCGAUAUCCGUGAUCGCAUCUGCAAGGAUGUUUACAUAGAGCAGAAAAUUACAGACCAGCUGGCUCGGUUAUACAUCAUACCUGGAGUUCCAAAGGAGACGAAGUUCAACCCCAAAACGAGGAAGGAAAUCCGGAACAUCGAGUGGUUCUCUGUGGAUAAACUCCCAUGUCAUCGAAAUGACAUGACUCCAAAAUCUAAGCUUGGACUCGCCCCAAACAAGUUCUUCAUGGCCAUUCCGUUUAUGAGACCGCUUCGAGAAUGGAUCUCCAAGCACAAGGGAGAGUCAUCCGACAGCAGUGAGGAGCUGAUGUCUAAUGGCAGCACUCCAUGCAAAAGCCUGAUGGAGAAGCGGCCCACAGCCAGACGGAGUCAGGUGACGGCGUCUCCUGGCGAAUGCUGGCCGAAGUUGAAGGCGAAGCCACUGGGACCGACCAACCAGUACGAGCUGGCGGAGCUCCUCAAAAUCAAGAACCAGAACCCCAGAGGCAGUAGUGGAAAGAGGCACCAGGACUCCCCAAAUGCGAAAAAGAGGCUGAAUGGAUGCAACAGCCAACAGAAAGAAGACAAGAGGCUUCAGCCAAGGAGACUACAGGACAACUUUGAAGCGGACGCAGCAUAUGACCUGUGCAGCUCCAAUGACGAGCAGCCCUUGCGACAGGCCGACCAGCCUCCAAGGUGCAAUGGGGAUUGUGGCCAUCCGCUGUCCUCCAGGUCCUUCCUCAGUUUCAAGUUCGACCGGGAGGCCAUAAUGAAAUGCUUUGAUUCCUGAGGUCGAUGCCCAGCCCAUCACCUGCUCCCACUUCUCUCUCUCGCUCCCUCUCACUGAUUCAUUCACUUUUCUGUCACUCUCAGGAGUGCAAGAAGUAACAGGGAUUUGCAGAGAAACACCCACACAGAGCAGAAUCCCUGGGUCGAGUUAUCCUGUCACUUAAACUUACUGAAAGGUGUCUUCUAGUGGUGUUGACAAUUUGUUUGAUUGCUCAUUGUUUGCAUUUUACAGUAUUAUCUUACCUCCCCUCCCCAGUCCAGAUUAAUGCACUGCAAGCACUCAUUUAGGUUAACUUCCUCAAAGAUGGCCUUUUUUGGGGGGUGGGGGGGGCAACAGGAGCUUUCGAACACACUGGAUGAGGUCGGGCCUUGUGCUGUGAGUCUCCUGGUGGGAGCUCUACCACUCAAGCUAUUUGUCUAGCUAUAGCUGAUAACGAGUAGCCACUGUACAUUUCAAAGUAGCGGAGCGAUUUCAAACCAGUUUGGCUUCCCUCCUUCGACCUCGGCCGUUUUUGGCUAGGUUUCCCCCCUCGCUGGGUUUGCCAUGUUUUGCUGUUGAAGUUUGGACUGCUGUGAGAAACCGUGCAACCUUGCCCUACUGUCCAGCUCAGUUCCUGCUGCUCCAUAUCUUACAGCUUGAAUACGUCCCUUCUGGAAUGUAAUAGAACAGUCUGUGUUAAAAAUAACGUUUAUAAAAUUGGGUCACAAAGCAGACUGUUGUUGCUCCUGAUUGGUCAAGCCGCCCUCCAAAGCACUGUGAAAUCCUGCAAACCCACGAGCGCUAUGCUGAGGCCGGCUUGAGAUUCCUUUUAACAAAGCAUUCUGCGUUUAAGAAACUCAUUUUAAAAUCAUUUUAAAGUUACAGAAAAUGGAAUGUAAUACAGUAUAUUUUUUGUUUGAGGCCGUUUUUUUUACGGUGACCACUAGGUGGUGCAAAACAUCGAUGUUUAACUGCUGCUGCGUGCUAGCUGUUCAAGACGGGAUUGUUUUGAUGACGUAAGUUCUGUUCACUGGGAGUGAAAAGGGUGGUGUAUUUUUACUGACAUAGUAAUAUUAUUGGAAUCUACCCCAUACAUGUAACUUAAAACAAGUAUCGGGAGUCAAAGUAAAAUGGGAUUUUUCAAAUUUACAUCAAAGUUGGUUUAAAAAUAUUUAAAGAUGGUUCUGGAUCUGUAAGACACCCCUUCAGGUUGCACAGGGAAGGGAAACGUUUUAAUAGCAGUUAUGAUAAUUGUUGUCAAAACUUCAAAGUACAUUGUUUUAAUAAGUUAUCUAGCAAUAGAAAAAUCAUCUUGCCUUUUGUUGCAGAACAAACUUGACAUAGACUCCACACUUCACUCUCUUUGUUCAUUCUUUUAAUCUCCUUAUUCAUUCUUUUAAUUACAAGCUGUUAAAAGAUUUUAAGCAUUCAAAAUGGGAGUGUCAGGGAAUGUUCAGUUUCGAAACAUGAAAUGCAUCGUUCUGUUGUCUGUUUACAUUCCCCCUCUUUAGUUCAGAAAGUAUGGAAAAUACUUUUUUAAAGCUGCACUGAAAUUUUGCAAUAAAUGCAGUAGGCUUUGAUAUUGAAAAGUUACCUUACAGUCAUUUCUUACUGUCUAAUGGAUGUUUCCUGUUUAAUUUUUCUUUAAAAAAAAAAAAAAAAUAAAUGUUUUUUUUUUUUU